AGGUCGAGGGAUGACGAAUACAACAUCUAACAGUGAUUCGAGCCCGUAUGCGAAUGCGACUUCAACGAACACCCCUCCCACAUCGCCGGUCAUGCCGCCAGCUUCAGCUGUGCGCAAUAAUGGUAUUGCCACACUCUGUGAUUGUGAUGUACGAUCGCAAUUAGAAGAAGAGGCACUGGCUGCCGUUCGCGAGUUUUCGUUUGCUGUACAGUCUCUUUGUCUCUCUGAAAUGCUGCCACGUACCCCCGAAUUGUUGUUCUUGAACCUAACGACUUUGGAACAUGUGACUUACUGCAUUGAGCUGACUGGCAAAGGCUGGCGGAUUGCCAGCAAUCGAUCCGACUGCAUGAACGGUGAUUUUCGACAACUCAGCAUGCAUACGAAAUAUUUCGAAUCGCUGAAUCAGCUACUUGAUACCGUAUCGCCAUCCUAUCGGCAACGAUUUGGAGGACAGUUGAUACAAAGGCUGCAAAAUCUUGAGCAAAAAUAGUAAGCUAGUG